AUGGAACGUUUGCAUUCCAUCGUUGUCCCUCUUCUCUUCUCAUCCACUUCACUCAUCGCCAUCACCAUCGCCAUCACCAUCACCACGGCGUCCAAGACUUCCAGCCGCCUCGGUCGCGUGCCCCUCCUCACGGCUCAGGCAUCAUUGCUGGAACGGAUCACUUGGACUCUCGCCGAUAUGCCCCACUGA